AACUUAAGUAUUAAGAUCGGGAACGGCAUACCAAACUUAAACAGAGGUGAGGAAGAUUUAUGAAGAAAACAUGACCACGAUCCGGCCUUUUGUUUGCGAAGAUUUGUUCAGAUUUAACAAUGUGAAUUUAGAUCCUCUGACAGAAACGUAUGGCCUCCCAUUUUACAUGCAGUAUUUGGCACGUUGGCCUGAAUACUUCCAGACAUGCGAAUCCGCUGGAGGGAGGAUCAUGGGAUACAUCAUGGGAAAAGCAGAAGGAGGUGGAGAAAAAUGGCAUGGUCACGUAACUGCACUGACAGUGGCUCCAGAGUUCCGGCGUCUGGGAUUAGCAGGGAAACUGAUGAAUAACCUUGAACAAAUUUCAGAACAGAAGAAAUGCUUUUUUGUGGACCUAUUUGUGAGAGUUUCAAACAAAGUAGCUGUGAAUAUGUACAGGAAACUUGGCUACGAGGUCUACAGGACUGUGCUGGAAUAUUACUCUGGAGAUGUGGAUGAAGAUGCUUAUGACAUGAGAAAAGCCCUUUCCCGAGAUAAAGACAAAAAGAGCAUGAUUCCGCUAAAAAGACCAGUGAGACCGGACGAGUUGGAUUGACCAUGAGCAAGGUGGAUUACCAUGGAGACGAGUUACUAUGGAUACUACUGGGGACAGCCAUUUUUGUUCUGGUUUCGAUUCUGUACAUUUUGAUCAGAGAGCUUGGACUCCCAUCCACCUCGACUCGCUCGGAUCUGUAACAAAAAUUCCUAGAGCUCACAGAUUCUGUGCACUAUAUCAGAAGCAUUAGAUAUUGUAGGGGGUUAUCAGGAUGUCGGACAUGAUAUUGCUCUCUCAGGCCACAGAUAAUUCCGGUGUGAUGGAGUGAGUACUGGGGCUUGUUUAUUACAAUCGCCUUGGUUAUGGUGCUGAGUUGAUGGAUUGUGAUGUCUGACUAGUCGAAUCGACCACCUGUACUUUGUCAGAGUUGGUGGAGAGAAGGAAUUGACUACCUCUACACAAAUUUGCACUUUGGCUGACGUACUGCAAAUUGCUUCUCUCUCUUCUGUCUCAGUGAAUUGGAGAAAAUAAAAUGCACCAGACUCGCAAAUAGAAACCAGAGACAAAAUGGCAAAUUCUCUCUGAAAUUAUUGUUAAAACCAGUUAUUACCAGUAAUUAAAUUUGUGUGCUUGUAAUUCAUGUAAUUAUUAAACUUAAUUCAGUCCUCAAGAAUAUUUUUGGAUACCAGGAUACAGUAAUUAGGUAUCUAUAUUUCUUGUUUCUAUGGUGACCCACCUGGUGACUAGUAAUAAUAAGCUUGUACAUAGUUUUGUAUUGUAUAAAUGAUUCGAAAAUGUGUUUCUUAAGAAUGCGUUAUCACUGUUUUGUGCGUGGUUUUUUUUAAAGGAGAGUGAACCAAAAUUCUAUAUAGAUUGCAAUUCAUUUACUUUAUAGGUAUUCAUAGAAUGCUAGAAAAAUAAAACACUGUUUGAUUUUU